AUUUUGCUUGCUCUCUCUCUUACACGGCCAAUCGGUGUUUUCGCAGCUUUCAGGCCUCAAUACAAGACAUUCUAUAUAAGCAUAUUGCAGAAGAGGCGGUUCUAAUUGUUGCAUGGAGUUGAACAAUAUGACGUAGGGAAAUUCUAAUUUAGGGGAGGCCUCAGAGUUUGCACUAACUUCAUAAUCAGCUCUGGACGUUGUUGAUUGUAUUUGAACAAGAAUGUGUAGGCAGAAUUGUCGCGCGAAAUCCUCACCGGAGGAAGUGAUUUCAACUGAUGAGAAUCUCUUGAUAUAUUGUAAACCUGUUCGACUAUAUAACAUCUUUCACCUUCGCUCUCUAGGCAACGUAUGAUUUGGCCUUCCUCUCUCAUCAUUUUAGCUUAGUAAUCUUUCAUCUCCUGUGUAGAUCACCCACUAAUAGUUUGAGUUUGCUAAGCUGAUUAUGGUCUGACUCAUGGCGAGUGUGUGCUUCUUUUGUCUCCUAAUGUUAUUUGAACUUGUUGUUUGUUGUUGCAGCCAUCGUUUCUGCCAAGAUGCUUGAACUACAAAAUUGGGGCAAAGCGCAAAAGAAAGUCAAGAUCUACUGGGAUGGUAGUUUUCAACUAUAAGGAUUGUAAUAAUACAUUACAAAGAACUGAAGGGAGGAUUGUUCUUGUCCAUUUUGCUCUAUGCUAUGUGGUAGCUUCAAGGUGGGCAACUAUUACAACUGAGGGGCUGCAAUUUCAUUUGAAUUCAUCUCAUGAUUUAUUUGAAUUUGAGUUCAAGCUUUUGGAAGAAUACCAGACAGUUAAUGUUUCUGUAAAACUUAAUUCCUUCAUAUUUGAGGAAGAAGGAAGUGAUGAUGAUAAAUUUGAGCCCUUCUCUCUCUGCUCGAAACCUCGUAAGCGUAGACAAAGAGGUGGCAGAAAUAACACCAGGAGACUUAAAGUAUGCUUUUUACCGUUGGAUUCACCCAGUUUAGCUAAUGGCACAGAAAAUGGAAUUGCCCUGCUGAAUGAUGGAAACCGUGGUUUAGGAUAUCCCGAGGCAACAGAGCUUGCUGGACAAUUUGAGAUGACUAGCAACAUUCCACCAGCCAUAGCCCACUCUUCUCUGGACGCUGGUGCUAAAGUUAUAUUAACAACCGAAGCUGUGGUCCCUGCUACUAAGACAAGAAAGUUAUCUGCUGAGCGAUCAGAGGCUAGAAGCCACCUACUUCUUCAGAAACGCCAAUUCUAUCAUUCUCACAGAGUCCAGCCAAUGGCGCUUGAGCAAGUAAUGUCUGAUCGGGAUAGCGAGGAUGAAGUCGAUGACGAUGUUGCAGAUUUUGAAGAUCGCCAGAUGCUUGAUGACUUUGUGGAUGUGAAUAAAGAUGAAAAGCAAUUCAUGCAUCUUUGGAACUCGUUUGUAAGAAAACAAAGGGUUAUAGCAGAUGGUCAUAUCUCUUGGGCAUGUGAAGUAUUUUCAAGAUUUUACGAGAAAGAGUUGCACUGUUACUCAUCACUCUUCUGGUGUUGGAGAUUGUUUUUGAUUAAACUAUGGAACCAUGGACUUGUCGACUCAGCCACCAUCAACAACUGCAAUACCAUCCUCGAGAAUUGCCGUAAUACCUCAGUCACUAACAACAACAACAACAGUGUGGAUCAUCCCAGUGACUCAAACACCAACAACAAUAACAUUGUGGAUCAUCCGAAUGACAUAAAAAACAAGAACAAUGUUGACAACAAGGACAAUAACAGCAGAGACAAGUAAUUAAAUAGGAAACACUCCGGUUUAGAUGAUACCGAUCUAUCGGAUUGUAACUUAUUCUUCUUUCUUAAAAAAAUUGUUUAGGAGCAAACAAAGAUUUUAUUUGUUAGUGUAUUCAACUGAUUACAUUUUUAGUUAAAAAAAUGGAUUCUCCUU